UUCCACACCUUUUCUACCUCUCCCUUUCAUUCUCUGUUUUUCAACCAUCACAGUGACCAUUGUGUUUCCUACAUUGCAAGUUCCACUUCUUUUCAGUGUCAGUUUCAAUUGCAGCCUCAUCAUCAUGGCUAAACCAGAAAAUUCAAAAUCUGGGUGCUUCUCUGGUUUUCUUCGAGUGCUUCUUUGUGCUGGAAGUGAAACUAGUCCUCCAGUGUAUCCAUCAGAACAUGCUGAUGAACCAGAAGUAGAGCAUCAAACCAAAGAUAGGAAACCUGUUCAUGCUGCAACUACCCCUGGAGUGGUGGCAAGGUUGAUGGGGUUGGAUUCACUUCCAAGCACCAAAUGGGUAGUGAAAGGAGCCACCCCAGAUUUAGUUCCACGAAGCAGGUCAGUAAAUUUUGUUGAUUACUUGCUGGAGUUUGAUCCAAACCAUCUCAACAACCAUCGCCGUGUGAAAACCUCAUCAUCAUUCCGAGAAGUUCCUGCAUUGGUUCAGAGACAACAAAAAUGUGAUAUUUUUGUGCUUGAGAGUGAUUACAAUGCGAGUAAAGUUCAAGAAGAACGAUAUAAUCAAGUGGAAUCAAGGGAAGAGACAGGGGAGUUGAAACAGAGGAGGAAACAGGGGAAAAAACAGGGGAGUAAACAGGGGAGUAAGAGCAAGAUCAAAGAAACUGCUGUGAGAGAGAGGGUGAGUGUGAAGAAGGAGAGGAAUAAUCAAGGGAAGAGCAAGAAAAUUUCCAAAUUGAAGAAUGAACCGAGAAGGGUUCCUUCUUCCAAGCAAAGCUCAAAGGUUCGAAAUCACAAUGAAGCUAGAGAUUUUUCUCAUGUUUCCUCUAGCUCCAAGAGCUGUUCUUGUAGAUUCAAUGGUGAUUGUUCAAGCUCAGGUUCUACUUCUAGCUCUUUGUUGCUGAAGAGGAACAAUAAAGGGUAUGUGGAACCAAAAAUCAGAAACAACAUGAGAAAUCAGCAGUCACCAAAGAAGGUAGAAGCAGAACACAGCUCAGAAAAUCUGAGUCCUGUUUCAGUUCUUGAUAUCAAUGACUACCCUUUCCUCUAUGGAGCUGAAUUUCUAGAUGGCACAAGCACCAUAGCUUCUUCAAAGCCAAAGUGGAAAUCUUCAUUAUUGUUGCCACUGUUCCUGGAAGAUGGAGUUGAAGAGAGAAAGAACAAUGAUAAAUGUUUAGCCUACACAGAUUCCAACAGCGAAGCAGAGUAUUUCUCAGAAUUGAUGAUGAAGGUUUGCACUUUGGUAGAAAAGGAUAUUAGGGAGUCAGAUUGCACAUUGAAGACAGAAAACUUUGAGGCAAUAUGUUUGGAGUUUGAGCACAAAAUUUUCGACCAUUUAUUAUACGAGGUGGUCAAUGAAAUUGUGGAACUUUCUUGUUGAGAAUUUUGUGAUCUUGGUCUGUAAAGUUUAAAUAGACAGAGGUAAUAUUUUCUGCAUGAUGAACAUAACUAAACUUCCGGAGGGGCAUGAAGCGUCCCAUUUUACUAGACUUAGAAUAAGAAACUAAAAAAUAAUGUUUAGGAUUUUGUCAUCUUGAUCUAGUUUUUCAUUGUCAUAUUCAGUUAGCAAAGUAAGUAGUUCUUUAAAUACAUAUUGAAUUGACCUGAAGUUACAUUCA